CUCUAUUUCCUUGGCUCCCUAAUUGGACUACAAAUCUCAAGGCCCAGCUUUUCACAGCUGCUCCUUCAAUUAGCCCAUUGGGCUAGGAUCCCUUACGUUUAUAGACUUGGCAGUCGUCGGCCCAUAUUAGAAAGCAAAAUUAAGGAUCAGACUCGUGACAUUUUGACUGUCGACAAUCGAGACUGUGGUUAGCUCCAUACUGAGACGGGGUCAGAACGAACGAUCGCUGAUCGAAGAUUCCAAGGACGGCGGAGUCAAUGGCGUCGCUGCUGCCAGCCGUCAUCCUCCUCCUCACGUUUUCGGCGGCUUCCGCCGUCGACGACAAGUGCGCCGCUUGCAAUGCCGUCGCGGCGGAGUUGGAGAUUGGGCUGUCCAAUGUAAGAUUUCUGCUCAAGUGCGUCUGCGAAUAUAUAUGCAGAAUCUUGUCCUAUGUAGCACUGAAGAAAAAAGCAAACGAGAAGAGGCACGGAAGGUCCAAUUUGGUUAAUCUGUGCCUUCUGCUUGAUUCAAACUGGUUGACUUUUGAGAAUUGUGGGCUUUGUUUCAACAGAGUCAGUGAGCUGAGAGUUGUUGAGCUUUUGGAUGGGCUUUGCGACAAGAUGCAGAGUUAUACACUCGAGAAGCAAUUCUAUGAAUUUCACUACACCUCUAAGGCGUGUGAUAUAUAUUUUCUUUCUACAGACAAGCAAGAAGCUCGAGCGUAUUCAAAACAGAUGUCAUCUUAUUGUGGAAGGUUACUUGAGGAAACUGAAGAUGAGGUAAGUAAUCCUUAGGUCUGGGAAUUUUCUAUCUAAAUUGUCAAUUAAAUCUGCAGAAUGAUGCUUAACACGUUUCAUGCUUCUUAAUGCUUAUUACUGGUGCAGUUGACAGAGCUUAUCAAGAAAGGAUCAGUUACCGUAGGAGGUGUGAGCAAGGUUCUGUGUCAGGACUUAAGCAAGCACUGCCGAUCAAGUGGUUCCCAUCAGGCUGAUGUUGACGUCGAUGACGAACAUGAGGAGCUCUGACUUUGCUUUGCGUCAAUUAACACCAGGAGGACUAGCUUGUGACGUGAAAGAGAUAGAAAGAGUGCUUGGCAGAAGAAAUUGAUAUUUGGCUUGGCUUGGCAUGGCUGUCGUGUAUGCUAAGCUUGGAUAACAUAGAGUUUGUAACUUGAAACAGAAAUUUGGCUUCCCUGGCUGGCUUUGGUCCGCUAGUUUGUUUCAUCUGAUGUUUUGUCAUAUACUUGAGCUUAAUGCUUUCCUUAAAAGAGAACAUGAAGUUGGAUAAUGAUGACACCAGUACGGAAUUCAGCAGCUUGUCCUUUUGAUUAAGUUCUUCGUUGGUC